GGCUUCGAGCCUCAGUAUUCAACGAGAAAGCAAGCGAAACACACUACGAGAUAAGAUAUCUCAGAGCGACUUUUUAAGUAAGCGACAUACAUAAACGAAGUUUUAAAGCAUUUGUAAUAAAGUUUUGAGAGACAAAGUGCAAGAACAAGUAAGAAGAAAAAUGCCAGCAAUUGGAAUCGACUUGGGAACGACGUACUCUUGCGUUGGAGUAUGGCAGCAAGGAAAGGUGGAAAUAAUUGCAAACGAUCAAGGAAACAGAACGACACCGAGCUACGUUGCGUUUACCGACACAGAGCGUUUGAUCGGAGAUGCGGCCAAGAACCAGGUGGCGAUGAACCCGGCGAACACGGUGUUCGACGCCAAGAGGUUGAUUGGCCGCCGCUUCGACGACCCGAAGAUUCAGAGCGACAUGAAGCACUGGCCAUUCCGUGUGGUAAACGAGGGCAGCAAGCCAAAGAUUCAGGUGGAGUUCCGCGGUGAGGUAAAGAGGUUCAGUCCGGAAGAGAUCAGCUCGAUGGUCCUGACGAAGAUGAAGGAGACCGCCGAGGCGUAUCUCGGCGGUAAAGUGCGGGACGCGGUGAUCACUGUCCCGGCCUACUUCAACGACUCCCAGCGCCAGGCCACCAAGGACGCGGGAGCCAUCGCAGGACUCAAUGUCCUCAGGAUCAUCAAUGAACCUACGGCAGCGGCACUCGCCUACGGUCUCGACAAGAAUCUCAAAGGGGAACGAAACGUUCUGAUCUUCGAUCUCGGCGGAGGAACCUUCGACGUGUCCAUACUCAGCAUCGACGAGGGCUCUCUCUUCGAGGUGAAGGCAACGGCCGGAGAUACUCACCUGGGUGGAGAGGACUUUGACUCGAGACUCGUGGACCAUCUGUGCAAGGAGUUCGAGAGAAAGUUCAAAAAGAACAUCAAGAGCAACCCCAGAGCGCUCCGUCGAUUGCGAACAGCAGCGGAACGUGCCAAACGUACCCUGUCUUCGAGCACCGAGGCCACCAUCGAGAUCGAUGCUCUCUUCGAGGGAAUCGACUUCUACACAAAGAUCUCGAGAGCUCGUUUCGAGGAACUUUGCGCCGACCUCUUCAGGGCAACUCUCGAACCCGUGGAGAAGGCUCUGGCCGACGCGAAGAUGGACAAGGGCUCGAUUCACGACGUUGUCCUCGUGGGAGGUUCGACGCGUAUCCCGAAGAUCCAGUCGAUGCUGCAAAACUUUUUCUGCGGCAAGCAGUUGAACCUCUCUAUCAAUCCGGAUGAAGCCGUGGCCUACGGAGCAGCGGUGCAGGCCGCCAUUCUGACGGGCGAAGGCGAUAAGAAUUCUACUCUCCAGGACGUUCUCCUCGUAGACGUUGCACCUCUCUCCCUGGGAAUUGAAACGGCAGGAGGAGUAAUGACCAACAUCAUCGAGCGCAACGCUCGAAUUCCCUGCAAGCAGACGCAGACCUUCACCACCUACGCCGACAACCAGCCCGGCGUGAGCAUUCAAGUCUACGAGGGCGAGCGUGCCAUGACCAAGGACAACAACCUUCUGGGUCGCUUCGAGCUCAGUGGAAUCGCACCGGCUCCUCGUGGCGUUCCCAAAAUCGAGGUGACCUUCGACAUGGAUGCCAACGGCAUUCUUCACGUCACUGCCAAGGACACGGCCAGUGGUCGCAGCAACGAUGUCAGAAUAACCAAUGAUAAGGGACGCCUCUCCCGGGAGGAAAUCGACAGGAUGCUGUCCGAGGCUGAGCGUUACCGUGAUCAGGAUCGUGAGCAGCGCGAGAGGGUCGAAGCCAGGAAUCAGAUCGAGAGCUACGUCUUCUCCGUGAAACAGGCAGUUCAGGAGUGCGGCUCCAAACUGGAGCAAUCUGACAAGGACAAGGUCAUUUCCUUGUGCGAGGAUACCAUCAGGUGGCUCGACAACAACACCUUGGCUGAAAAGGACGAGUACAAACACAAGCUCGAAGAACUCCAAAGGCAGUGUUCGCCCAUCAUGACCAAGAUUCACUCCGGUGGCUCCGGUGCUGCUCAGGAUUGCGGUGGACAGUAUCGACAGAACAACAACCAGUAUUCCGGGCCCACUGUGGAAGAAGUUGAUUAAACUUUAAAUGUACCUGUAGGACGGAAAGUUUUUUGUUAGGAAGAAAUUAAGACUGAUAUUUAUUUUGCAUGACACACGUGGGUUGUGUUAUAUUUUAGCCAUUUGUCGUACGUCUUACAUGCAAUGACUCUGAAUUAUUAUUCUUUUGACACUGUCAGAUUCAUUCGUUGUAAGUAGAUAAAUUCAUUGUAUAUAUCAUUACUAUAGUUAAAAUAAAUUUCUUUUAUACAAACAAAAUUUGGUACAUUUAUUCUUAAAUAAUUUGCCUUUCGUUGCCUUUCGUUAAAAAUUAUAGAUUAACAUCUUUAUUAUUACAUACAUACCAUACGUAGUCGUUUGAAGAUUUUGAAGAGUUCUUUGUUCGUUGAUUUAUCAUAGUAAUUUAUUGUAGUUUGAAGUUCGGUUGAAUACAACAGUUUGGGCAUGAAGUCAGUACACGUUUUUAAGGAACUGACUUCUUUAAAGAUGAUUUACAUUUAAAAAUAGUCCAUUUCGUAUGAAACAUAUAUUAUAGUCCGCCUAUUAUAAUUUUAAUUCUACAUGUAUCAUUGAGUAAAUAUAUAAAUAUCACUACACAUUUAGUUUGAUGUAUUUUCACAUCAUAUUUGAAAGACUAAAAUUGAAAUAAAAUAAUUCUGCUUCUCA